ACCUUAUAAGACCUUAACAUUCAUCAGAUAAAGUGUGAUUAAGCAGAGGAAAACUUCUGAUUUGUUAAAGGCGUUGUUGAAAUGAAGUGAUGUUAGGACAAUGUGGCCUGUUUUGACAUUUCACUUUCUUAAAUCUACAACGUUAGCAGCAUAUGAGACUGAGCUCCUGUGGUUAGCACAGCAAAAAGCACGUCGUGCUUUAUGCAUGUUACUGUGGUUUUGCAUAAUUGUGCACAAAACUUUGGCUGCUAAAUUCUGACAGAGAUUUAAGAAAGCUAUUGUGUGAUGUCAAAACAUAAGGGUACAGAUAGUAGAUUAAUUGUUAGUUCAUUAUCUGCUAAGCUAAUUUAAAGAAGCAUAUGUCUGCUGCAGAAAUUAAUGUCACAACACUUACAGCACGUGUCAACACAGGAAGUUGUGGUCAGUUCCUUUCCUGUUCUUCUGCCUAAGAAGUCAAAGACACAUCCCUUCCUUCUUUGGGGUCACACCCCUCACCCUAAGCGCAGAGCUUCGAUCCUCUUGCUCCCCAUCUGUUGGCAGCUGUCGGUGUUAGUGAGAAGAGCCAACAGGUGGUAGAGUAGUAACAGUAGGCAGGCUGGGGCGUUACUGGUGAACAGGUGUGUGACCGCUUCAUUGAGGGAUCAUGGAGAGUGAGCCUGGGAUUGUUUCUCCGUUCAAGCGGGUUUUUCUGAAAGGAGAGAAAGGGAGGGACAAGAAGGCCCAAGAGAAAUCCACAGAGCGAAGGGCCCUUCAUACCUUCUCCCUAUCUCAGCCUGACCACCGCAUCGACCCUGACAUUCUUCUUAAUGACUACAUUGAGAAGGAAGUUAAAUAUUUGGGGCAGCUGACAUCAGUUCCAGGAUACCUAAACCCAUCAAGUCGGACAGAGGUUCUGCAGCUCGUUGAUAAUGCAAGAAAAUCCCAUCAGUUGGCAGGCCAGCUGACAUCAGAGCAGGAUGCAGUGGUGAGCUUAUCUGCAUACAACAUCAAACUUGUUUGGCGAGAUGGAGAAGACAUCAUCCUUAGAGUGCCAAUCCAUGACAUCGCUGCAGUUUCAUACAUCAGGGAUGAUUCACUACACCUCGUUGUGAUAAAAACAGCUCAGGAGUCGGGAGGUUCCCCCUGUCCCAGCUCAUGUCCUGAUCUAAAUAAGUCCCAGACUCUCAGCUCUCUGUCAGAAAGCGGAGCUGUGCUAGUGGAAGUCUGCUGUCUACUCGUCCUAGCCGUUGAUAAUAAGGCAGCUGCUGAGGAACUUUGUCUUUUGCUCAGCCAGGUCUUUCAGAUUGUUUACACAGAAUCAACUAUAGACUUUCUAGACAGGGCCAUAUUUGAUGGAGCAACAACACCUACAAGACACCCUUCUUUGUACAGUGAUGAUUCUUCAAGCAAAGCAGAUGUCAAGGAAGCCUUUGAGAGAGAAAGCAGUCCGUUUCCGUUUCAGGCAACAGAAGGAAGUUCUCCAUCUACAUCCACCCCUGCCUCCCCUCAGACAAAGGCUCCAAGUGAAGGAGAGCUCAGCACCACUGCUGCAGAGCUUCUGCAGGACUACAUGACCACAUUGCGAACGAAACUAUCAUCGCAGGAGAUCCAGCAGUUUGCAGCUCUGCUCCACGAAUACAGGAAUGGUUCCUCCAUUCAUGAGUUCUGCAUUAAUCUGCGCCAGCUCUACGGGGACAGCAGGAAAUUCCUAUUACUUGGCCUGCGUCCCUUCAUUCCUGAGAAAGACAGCCAGCACUUUGAAAACUUCCUGGAGACCAUUGGAGUGAAGGACGGCCGCGGCAUCAUCACAGACAGCUUCGGCCGCUGCAAACGCACGACUAGCUCCGCCUCCGAUUCCACCACCAACGGCAACGGAGCAGUCGCUGGAAGCGGGGAUUCCACAGCUUCUGACGAGGGCCAAGAUGUCUCUGAGGGAGACGAAUGGGACCGAAUGAUUACCGACAUCAGCAACGACAUCGAAGCACUUGGCUGUAGCAUGGACCAGGAGGCUGUGACCCCAUGACACUUCGAUGUCCACUCGUCUAAUGAGCGGUUAGCUUUAGCGGAUCAGAUGAAGGUGGUCCUGAGCACUGACCUAAGCUUUGGUUAUUUCUUUAUUCCUCUAAUUAUCAAGAGGACUUUCUAUAGGACCUGUAUAUUCAAAGAAAACCUUGCCUUGUUUCUGUCCAGUCGACUAGUGCACUUAUGCAGACCUCUUGGUCGACUUGCAGUUAAUUGUCUUGUUUUACAUUUCACUUGGUUUUAAAGCCUCUUAUUUUUUACUUUGGUGUUUCACUCAUUUAUUGGCAGCAUCUGCCACUGAUAUCUGUUAUAAGCAUCUCUAGACGGAACCUGUGGGGAAUCCGCCUGUAAACUGUGCACACAUUUUAGAAGGUUGACACACAGCUUUGUAUCUUAAUUUAACCAUAAUUUAAUCAGCUUCAUCCACCUUUGGUCUUUUUCAUUUAUUCUGAUAUUUGAGUGUAUCAUUUUGCUGUUCAUAAUACUGCAAGUUCUUUACUUCACACUGUUUAUUAAUCGGCACGUUUGUAUCUGCCUUCAGACUGACCUAGAAAAUGCUGUAAAAACGAAGCCAGACGAUGAGGACUGUGCUUUAUUUGAAAAAGCCAGCUUGUGGAUGGCUGAUGUAAAAUAUUUUCAAGAUUCGGGUCAUUUAUGUUUUGUUACAUUAAACAUGUCAUUGUCCCUAAACACUGCAGUACUGCUACCAGCAGGUUCUUGGUGACUCUAUUAGCAGGUUUUCCAGCAAGUUGUGGUUAUUAAAUAACAAAUAAGUUACAUUCAUUAUAUUUUGAUAUUGUAAAAUGGCAAAUAUGAUGUUGUAUAAAAAUACAUGACUGUCAUCUGACUGUUCUGGUGUGU